AUGAAAGAUUUCUUCCUAAGCACGGAUAAUCUGUUUAUCUGUUAUCUUAAGAAAUCAUAUCUUGAAAUGAAAGAAAAAACCGAGAAGACUUUUUUUUCGAAACUCGAUCUGCCAAACGAAAAUAAACAUGUUCAUCUUUCUCUUUUAGCUAUCCUUCGUUCAGUGUCAAGAGAAAAUACGAAUAUCGAUCCGGAUGAAGUUAAUAACGUUAUAUCAUGUGUAAUUGAUAAUAAUCAAAUUACCAUCGAUGUCAAAACAAUAUCACCGUUUAAAUGUGUCAUUGGCUCAGCUGGUCAACUGCAGGAAGAUAGCCAGACAGCUGUCAUUGCUAUUUACGGUUGCUGGCUACCAGAUCGUCGCUUGAGAGAAUAUCGUUACAUAAUGGAUCAGUUGUUUUAUUAUGUUUAUCAUCAAUUAGAUAAACUAGUUACGAAUGAUUAUAUUCUGGUUUAUUUCCAUGGAGCAACACCCAAACAUAGAACACCGGAUUUUAAAAUUCUUCGAAAAUAUUAUCAAAUGUUAAACUUUCGAUUACGAAAAAAUCUUCGGGCGGUUUAUGUUGUCCACCCAACACGAUGGCUACGUACUUUAAUUGCAUUUUCCCGACCAUUUUUCAGUAACAAAUUUUAUCAUAAAGUUAAUUAUCUAUUCACAAUUGCGGAACUUGAACGACAAUUUCCUCAUAAUCAUAUCGAACUUCCAGUUGUUAUCGAACAAACGGAUUGGCUCUAUUCUCAAAAAUAUGAUCGUCAAAAUGCAAGUAUCAAACGUUCGAUUGAACAGUCAAGAUCACGCUCGGCAAGUGGAAUCGGAAAUGAAUCAGUUGCUUAA